UGCAAACCCACUGAAAUGAAUCAAUUAGAGGUUGUAAGAAAACGUGCCAUAAAAGAAAAAAGUUUGCAAUACGGUUUAACAAUUUUACAUGCAUGGAUUCGAUUUCUAGAGUGUAUUUUACAUAUUGGAUACAGGCUGAAUUUAAAAGCUCCAUCUAAGCGUGGUGCAACUCAAGAACAACUAGAAGAUAUUGAAGCUCGAAAGCAAGAUAUCCACGAGAAAUUGUAUAGAACAUUAGGGAUCCGAGUAGACAAGGUCGUACAAGGUAAAGGUACCUCAAACACUGGCAAUAUAGGAAGAAAAUUUUUCAAAAAUUGGGAAAAGGUUUCUGAAAUAACAGGAGUUGAUAGCGAGUUAAUCAGAAGGUUUGGAACGAUAUUAAUUGCACUAGCGAGUGGUCACGAUCUUGACAAUGAAGCUUUCUCUGUUUACGCUAAAGAAACUGCUGAAAUAUAUGUAUCAAAGUAUAAUUGGUACAGGAUGCCAGUAUGUGUCCACAAAAUUUUGAUGCACGGAGGGGAAGCAAUUAAAAGGUGUAUGCUACCUAUAGGAAUGAUGUCAGAAGAAGCACAAGAAACGUGCAACAAAGUGUACAGGAGGGUGCGAGAGAAACAUACAAGAAAAAUGGAUCGCCUUGUGACCACUGAGGAUCUGAUAAACACAAUGUUUGUUUUGUCAGAUCCUAUAAUAUCAUUAAAACGGGGACUUCCGAAACAUAAACGCGAAGCAUUGCCGGACGAGGUUCUUCAGCUUCUCAAAAUUCAAAAAGGCGAAGUAGCAGAAGAUAAUAUAAUAAAAAACCAAGAGGAAGACAAUAAUGAUGAAGAGGAAGAUCAAGAAGAAAACGAUGACGAUGAAGAGGAAGCAGAAGAAAAUAAUUUUGCGUUUUUCUAAACUUUUCGUUAAUUUAUUUAUUUUAUAAUUACUACUAAAAAAGGUAGUGUGGUUAAUAGUCCUUUGCAUUCAUGCCAUUUCGUCAAAAUAGAACAACCAAUUCAAAUUUAAUAUCUUAAAGCUUUUCAUUAUUAUAAAUACUUAGAAAAUGAUGUCCCUUUAUCUCUAGUUGAAUUUCUACUUUAUAUUAAGUAUGUGUUCUGCUAAAGUACCAUUUCCGGUUGAUGGAUUUGAUUGUGUUUUCCGACGCACGCACACACACUUAAUGCUUUGAAUGGUUAUUAAUAUCGGUUCUAGAGCCUUAAAAAUAUACAGAUUAAUCAAAAUCUUGAAGCAUAUUUUUCAUGAUUAUAAUGUUCUCUUCACAUAGCUGAUAAUACGUGAAAGAGUAAAACGAUUAACAAACGCACAUUUUUA